GCAAAAGGGAAGGUCAACUUGGAGUUCCCCACCCGCUGGGCGGGCCAGGUCGCCGCUACCGCCUCCGAGAUCAAGGAUCUUGAUUGCCAGGCGAAGGCCGACGCCGCGGAGGCCGCGUGCAACAAGCACUUCACAGCCCUGCUCACCAACGGCACGGAGAACGGCAUCUGGCACGACGGCGUCGCCGUCGACGCUUCUCUGCAGGAGUACCUUAAGGCUGCGGAGCCAGUGUUCGUGAAGAAGAGGAACGGCACCUUGGACAAUAUUCAGAAGCAGCUCGACAGGGGCAUUACUACCCAGAGUGAGAUCAUGCCCCUUAUCACGUGCAAGGACAACUCGGAAGCGCCCCUGAAGCUCAAGAGGCGCCUGCGUCUGCACUUGGGCCAGGUGGGUGAGCUGCGCAAGGCCCUGAUCCCAACCGCCCUGCUUGGCAUUUUCACGGGGCUGGCCGAGGUGAAACAGUCCUCGAGCCAG